AUUAUCCACAGAAAAUAUUUCUUAAAACCUUGAGGGAGAGAGAGUUAUGCUAUUGCAAUACCAGUUUUAAACACCAGGGGAAUCAUUAGUGCUGGAAUAUGUGUCCAGACUCACCACAGUGUUCAUAAAGAUGCAAAGGCUUGCAGCCUUAAGAUUUCAGAAAAAAAAAAAAAAAAAAAAAAAAUCACAAUAUGAUGGGAUGAUAUUUUUUUUAGCAAUUGCUAGAUUAUUCAGAGCAAAUUCCCACAGGCACACUGCAUUAGUGUGAAGUCAUUUAUUGGCACUGAACCUGCAACAACUGGGCUAACAGCACAUUAAUUAGGCUACUUUAUCCCACAACUCAUGAAAAAGAAAGCAUUUCUAGGUUGUAUUUAAAUUGCUUAGUUUUGGACGCAGACCAGGACAAUACAAUGUACUCUCUAAAGCUCUUAAAAUUAUAGAAAGGACAAAAUGUGUUUAGGAGAACUUGACACUGUGAACAUCUAAAGAGAGCCAUUUUAUUCAACAGUGUCACAUGGAGACGACUGUAACCUGGUUGUAGGCAAAGGGAGAGAGAGAUUUCAAUGGAAGAAUGGAAUGAGGCAGAAUCGAAGGAACAGAUGGACUUGGGUGGAUUACGUGAAAUCUGGGAGGGGUUGUUAUAAACAUUUACUCGAGUUUGAGAAUGAAUAAAAGAAAAUACACAGUAAGAGAGUGAGAGUGAGGUUAUAAAAGUGAAACAGAGGUGAAGUGUCUCUACGGCUGAAGGUGUCUGGGGGACUCAGGACAGACCAGGACAGACAGAUGUACCUUUCUCCCAAAGAUUAACAGAGAUCAUGAAGGAUUACAAAGAAAUAGAUGUUGGUGAUUAAGACUAUAAAAUAGUCUUAACAAAAAUAGCAAAAUAAAAAUGAAAAAGAACAAGGUUUUUCUUGAUAGAAUGCAUGUCUUGAGACCAAUUUCAUCUCUGUUCUGAGCUAAAGAACAUACAUCUGAGAGACGCUUCUGAAUAUUCAGCAUGAACAUUUGUGAUCGUCAGACUCAUCUCCGUUGACUUUGAGGACGUAUUAGUCACACUUGUUGGUUGUAGACCAAGGAAACAUGUUUAACACCUUCUGAGCCAUUUCUGCAUUUCAAAAACUACAAGGAAACCUAAGGUAUCGGCAACUGUAUUUUCACAUGCUCACAUCUGUCUAAUUCUUUUAAAUCAUCUGCUCAUCAUCUCACUUACACAGACCUUUAAUUCUACCUUUGCAUCUUCAAUUUCCUUUUGUUUCUGCUCAUUUAAACUCCUCCUAUCUGACUUUUGACAUUUUGACAUUGGCCUGUUGCUUCAAUCAUCUCUUCUAGGCUUGGUAAUCUUACUUUCCCCUGCACAACUGCCUAAGCAGAUAUGCACACAAAGCUUCUUUCCUUGUACCUGAAUGUGGUCUUUUCUUUGUUAAUUGCAGUAUCAGGUUCUGUCUGUAUCAUUCCGGCAUGUUGGAGCAUUUGUCCCGCAGGAAUCGGUCGCUGUUGUCUCUCUCGCUGACCUCUCUGGCCCUAACGCUCUCUGUCUUGGCCUUCUGUACCUCAUACUGGUGUGAAGGCACACACAAAGUGGUCAAACCUCUCUGUCUGUCGCCUGUCAAAAUGAAGAACUGCGGACAGAACAACAGCCAGCCUUAUACAACUGAGGUCCCAACAGCAGACCCCAAGAAGCCGGACUCCAAUGUGACAGUGUCCCCAAAGCAGAAGGAGGAACUGGCCCGUAUGAGAGCCAGAAAUCUGGCAAAUGCAGUUCACUACAUCUGGGAGACGGGUGAAGACAAAUACAUGCUGCGCUACUUUCACACUGGCUUCUGGUUGUCCUGUGAGAAACACAAUGACGGUGACGGAGAGAAAUGCCGGAGCUUCAUUGAACUGACCCCUGGAGAAACACAAGGAGUUCUGUGGCUCUCAGUGAUAUCAGAGUUUGCAUACAUCAGCCUCCUGGCGAUGGGUUUUCUUCUGAUGUGGGUGGAAUUGCUGCUCUUGUGUCUGAAUAAGGACAUGCAUGCGCUCAAGAUCAAUGCUUAUGCUGCCAUCUGCACUGUGCUGUCUGGUAUGAUGGGAAUGGUGGCACAUAUGAUGUAUACAACAGUAUUCCAGAUGACUGUCAGCAUUGGGCCCAAAGACUGGAGACCUCAGACGUGGGACUACGGCUGGUCAUUUGCCAUGGCGUGGAUCUCCUUCAGCUGUUGCAUGGCAGCAGCUGUAUUCACCCUGAACUCUUACACCAAAACUCUGAUUGAGAUGAAGCACCGUGCCCGGAUCCGUCAGGAGGAGGCCCGUGCUGCCCGCCAUGCGCCGCCCUAUGAUGAGGUCAUCACAACCGGCGGUGGGAGCCUCUACUCCAUCAGCCGACUGGUUCAGCAAUGCCAGAAGGGCGCGUUAAUCGACACCACAUGGAGCUGCAGGGAGGAAGUGUCUGGAGGGGGUAUGGUGGGGGCAAAAAGUCCUCAUGGACUGGUACUGGUGGAGGGGUGUGGGAGAGAGGGAUGCCAGGACUGUGUGAGAGAAAUAAAUGAAGUGGAAGAUGCAUUAGAGAGGGAAGGGAAUGAUGAAAUGUGCCUGUAGUUAGUCCUUCAUCGUCAGCAGCAUCAGCCGCAUUAGUGACCAUGUUUACAUGCAUAUAAUUUUAUCAUUUUGAUCCAUAUUUUAGUUAGGUCCUUCAAAAAGACAUUUACAUGCUCCGCAUCUGUCAAAAUAUUCCUGUAUUCAUGUAAUCAGCAUACUAGACGUGAUCUUGUCUUUUAUUCUGAGUAACUUUAGACUGUAGUUUUCUCAUUAAAGGGGAUAUUUCACCACCGGAGCAGAUGUAGACAAGAAUGAUUCCUAAGAGAUUGAGGUGUUUUGUUGUUGGAUGUGAUAGUGAACAUAGCAGUCGUCAUUUACCCCUGACAUCUGAUCCGCUGAAGACGCAGUGGAUUACAUUUGUUUCUGAAGGGAAUGAGCCCCUGAUCUACCUAAAUGUGUUCUUCUUCGCAUGAAUCAUUUGUGAUCCAGCUUCACCAUACAGAACAAAUGAAUAUAACGUUUUUUAAUGGAUCUUAAAUCGCCUUUCCCAAUAAUGCGCGAAUUAGCAAGUUCAUGAUGAUUGUGGCUGAAGUAAACAGUCCCUCAUAGAGCAGCUCAGAAGAGAGGGGCGGGGUCAGCAGAGCUCAUUAACAUUUAAAGGAAAAUGCAUCAAAACGGCUUGCUCUGAAAAGAGCUGUUUUUGAUAGGGUACAAAAAAAGGUGUUUUUACACUACCAUUGAGAAAUUCUAACCAAACCAUCAUAUAGACUUUUCAUUAAGACCCUAAAGAAUCAUAUCAACUUGUGGAAAAUAGGCAUUCGAUGACUUCUUUAAAUGUCAAUCAUGUCCUACACACAAGAGUGGGAACCUGUGUGUCAAUUUUGAAAUGUAGGUCUUGAUGUUUCUUUUACUGUCUGUACAAUAACAGUAAAAAAAAAAAAUGCUUCAACAAUGUUUGUGUUCACAUAUCAAUUUAGAUUUAGAGUUUGAGCUCUAGAGUUUGAAAACAUAAUUUUUUAUGUGACGAAUAAAAAUCUUGAAUCUUGAA